AUGUAUUAUCAGCAACAACCCAUCGGACAUCAGCCACAGCAGCCUCCGAGUUACCAGUUUCCACUGCAAGCUGCUUCAGCUACAGCUAACAUGGAUUACGGUCAUAGUAUGGGUGCUACUCAACAGUCGGGUAUAUCCGGAUCGCAUAACCAUAGUCAGCAUCAGCAGGGAGCCGUGAUGGGACAGGGCGUCCAACCACGCCGUGGAGUUUCUCAGCGUGGUGGGCCACCGCCAACCGAUACAACUGCAACAAUGCAGAAUGCACCGCAUAUGCGCCUGUCUCCUCAACAGGAACUACCUCUUCGUAUUGUUAUCGACUCAAAACAUGUGGGAGCGAUCAUCGGAACGGGUGGGAACAAUGUAAGGGAAAUCACUAAGGAAUCAAAGGCUCGCGUUGUAGUGGAUGUCCAACGUACUGUUAAGGAUCAGCAAGGGCAUAGUGAGAAGAUAAUUUCUAUACUUGGUCAUCUCGAAAAUUGUUCAAAGGCUUGCGUCAAAAUUCUAGAAGUUGUGCAGCGCGAAAACGAAAAGGAUGAAACAAGAGACAAUAGUGAGGUUGAGCUAAAAAUCCGGGCUCAUAACCAGCUCGUGGGACGCCUAAUCGGCAAACAAGGUGCUACUAUCAAGAAGAUUAUGCAAGAUACAGGCACUACUAUAUUCGUAUCAAAUGAACAAGCGUCCAGAGCUGCCGAGCUCUCGUCUAUGGGAGGAUUGAUGCCACCUUUUCCUGACGCUGUUCUUACUAUGGAGCGUACGAUUACCGUCAAAGGCCCUAGCAUUGAAGUUGUGUCAGCUGCUGAACAGAAGAUCUCCGCUAGGUUACGACAAAGCUACGAGACGGAUCUGCAACACAGAGUCAGUACUGCGCUGCUUUUGUUAUUAGAUUGGCUCGUUCGGCACUAA